GAAAGCGCCUCGAUGAUAAACACACAAUUGAUACAAAAUGAACUGUACUCUCCAUAUGUCGUUCGGUUGAAUCACGAAGAUGCAUAUAAACAUAACUCGUAUAUUCACUUCAAACUUACGCAGUAAUCCCGUCUCGAGACUCGUUUGAUUUCCGUGAUGACUUCCGGAGAAGACAGUAAUGCGGCGAAGAUGAAGCAAAAAUUGAUGAGGGACGCGCCUAUGAAGGAAGAGGCGAGAUCGUUUUUGAAAUUCUCGCGGGAGAACUUGAGCAUUUCGCACUCCGACCUCGAGCAAGGAUUUAAUAGAACGAGAUCGUUUAUAAGACCGAGCAGGAACAUGAUUUUGAGUGUUCUUGCCCUUAUGGCAGCUAUUCUUUGUCUCGGUCUUCAAGGAUGGAAACUGCUAUCAAGCAUACACGAAAUCGAGCAACUGAGAAGAGAUGUUGAUAUCUUGAAGCAUCGAUUUCUGGAGCAGAACCUCAUGAAUGAAUUAAAAGCUUUCGAGGAACAGCUGUACGCCGAAGAGUCGACCGAGGAUGAUGAUGAUGAUGAUGAUGAUGCAGGCGAGGCAGACAUUGAUAACGCUGAUUAUGACUCUAAUUACGAUGACGAUAGUUCCGCAUCGCACGACUAUUCGGGCGACUAUCACGCUCCCUUAUCUUACGGUACCAAGUCUGCGGAUUUCCUCGAAAUUACAUCUACGUCGAUACCGAUACCUACAUCACCGGAUCCCGGUGCCAAUGAGGAUAUGGUCAAGUUGCUGGCGACCUUGCGCAAAGUCGAGACAAAACAUAGACAGGACGUCGAAAAGAACGUACGGGAGAAUCGCAAACAUCCUCCAAAAAAGUAUCACGCCCAUGCACUGGAGACGACUCCGGCACGUCGUAAUCCAUUAAAUGAGGAAAUCAGUCAACCUGAUAGAUACGGAAGGGAAGAUACGGGCAUCGCGGGUGAGCACAGAAGACUCGUCUGGUCGCAAAGUCGUGACCUUUCUGUUUCGGGAAACAGAACCGAGAUUCGUCGAGCUGUUCAGAAACACGAGGUGGCCGCGGGGAGGUUACACCGGAAAUUGACUCGAAGGCAUUCGCGUGCACCACGGCAGGUCUAUGCGAUUCACUACGGGGGCGACAGCGCGCUCUUUUCGACGCAGGACGAGCAUACGGGCAACGGUAGGGCGCGACAUUACAACAGCAUCUUCAGAGCGUGGCAGCCGAGCGAGUGGGUCGCAGAUCUCGGCAUGAACAGGCAUUUUACAUUCGCCAACGACGGCGUACUUACCGUCCAUGAACCAGGAUUAUACUUAGUUUACGCGCAAAUCCAUUAUUUGGAUGAGCACGAUGAAAACGGCUUCCACCUGUUGGUGAACGGCAGACCUAUCCUGCAGUGCAUGGUUUAUAGCCCUGGUAGAGGACAUAAGAGCCGUUCGUGUUUCUCAGCUCAAGUGACUGUUCUACAGGCUGGCGAUCACUUAGUUCUAAAAGAUAUUGGAUCAGCGAGGUAUACUCUUUUUCAACACGAUAAAAGUUUCUUUGGUUUAGUGAAAGUUGGCGAAUCAAGGUAGCAAGAAAUGAGACAUCAACAAACGCAUCAAUAAUUUUAUCAAUAAUUUUAAAUAUUCUAGAAUUACAUUAGUAACGCUAAAAAAGUGAUAUGCGAUUUAUAGUCAAUAAUUUUCUUUAUCUUUAAAAUUAGCUAUAAAAUCGCAUAAUUUGUAUCUAAUGUAAUAUUGUAAUAUUGUAAUAAACUUUUAAAUUGUGAAUUA